CGCAGCAACGAUGAACUUUUCCCUGAGUUUCCACUGAAGCCACUGGGGCGUGGGAUGCAUCGGAUGGGAUAAGAUGAAAAACGGUGGACAAAUAUGUCAAGAGAGUGGGAGCUAGAGAUCUAGAAAAAAUAUUAUGUCCUUAUUAAAUGAUAAGGAAAACAUGGCGAACUCAAGUUCUCCACUUGCAGCUCCUCCUAUGACCUCCGCUCAAGCUCACCGCGCUGAGAUCCUGGAAAAUCCACUCCGGACCUAUCUCCUGGGAAUCAUAAUCUCCAUAUGUGGGAAUGUCCUCAUCAGUAUUUCACUCAACAUACAGAAAUAUGCCCAUGUCCGUCAGGCUCAGCGUGGCUCCAAGCCCUAUUACACCUCUGUGAUGUGGUGGUGUGGUGUGGUUCUCAUGGGUGUAGGGGAGCUGGGGAACUUUGCUGCCUACGGCUUUGCCCCAGCAUCGCUCAUAGCCCCGCUGGGCUGUGUUUCUGUCAUAGCCAGCGCUGUCAUAUCUGUGGUUUUCCUCAAGGAGACACUGCGCGCCUCUGACAUUGUUGGUGGAACUCUGGCAAUAACAGGAACGUAUGUCCUUGUGACCUUUGCCCCCCACACUUCCACACACAUCACAGCCCACCUGGUCCAGUACUACGCCGUCAGCUGGCACUUUGUGCUUUACCUCUUUAUAGAGGUCAUCGUCUUUUGCAUCCUGCUCUAUCUGUACAAGAGGAGGAAUGUGAAGCACAUCGUCAUUGUGAUGCUGCUGGUGGCCUUGCUCGCCUCUCUGACAGUCAUUUCAGUGAAAGCUGUGUCAGGGAUGAUCACAGAGUCAAUAAAAGGCCAGCUGCAGCUCAUCUACCCCAUCUUCUACGUCAUGCUUGUUGUCAUGGUCGCCUCCUGCGCGUUCCAGAUCAAAUUUCUCAAUCAGGCAAUGAAAAUGUUUGAUGCCACAGAGGUGGUCCCUAUCAACUUUGUGUUUUUCACCGCAAGUGCCAUUGUUGCAGGGAUAGUAUUUUACCAGGAAUUUGAAGGCCUGGCUUUACUGAACAUUUUUAUGUUUCUUUUUGGUUGUCUUCUGUCCUUCCUUGGAGUUUUCCUGAUAGCCCGAAACAGGCCAAAAAUAAAGCAUCAAGAUCGCAAUUUUAUCGCAAUGGAUAGGAUUCCUGGGAUAAGGCACACAGACAAAGUGCAACCUGAGGCGAAGACUCAGACAUACGGAUCGCUGGCAGCCAAACUCAUGUGCAACAGAGCUGGCCAAACAGAAGAUUCAUAGGACCUCCAUCUGUUGGGACUGUAAAUUUGUGGAUUUGUGUGCAUGCUUGUUUCUGCGUACCUCAGUAAAAUCUUCAUAGAUACAAAUGGUUGGCAUCAAUUCAAACCAGAGCCAGCUGAGCGUCAGUAUUUGUGGCCAUAUUGGUCUCGACUUUGUCAAAAUGCCAAGUAUUCCCUUUCAGUAUCCUAGAAGAUUUUCUCUUUUGUCAAACGUAUUUCCAACAGGGUUGUCAGGGAUAACUGAUUUGACUCUAAAUGAGAUGAAACCUCAGGAUCACAGCGCAACAUCAAAUGGCCGACCAGCAAUAAUUUCCUUCCAAUAUAACAAAUGCAUUAUGUUAAUCAGUAGAAUAAAUUGGUCUGUGUGUGAUCAGCUGUAAAUAAACAAGGACAAAAUCCGAUAUUUCAA